UUUGUAGUAGCGUUAUAUUUAGCCUUAUGGUAAAUUUGCAUGUGAAAAUAGAAUGAGCAAUAAUUAAGUCAACUUGAUUCCAAUCCAAUUAGCUUCCAUAAAUAGACAGAGCACACCCAUCAUCUUCUCCAUCACAACAAUGGACGCCGGAGUCACCUUCCUCCUCCUCGUCUCCUCCCUCAUUCUUUCCUUCUACUUCAUCCUUAACAGAAAACCCAACGCUUCGAAAUCUCUAAAUCUUCCACCAGGUCCACCAAAGCUACCCAUUAUUGGAAACAUCCAUCAGAUAGCUGGAGCACUGCCGCAUCAUGCAUUCCGUGAGUUAGCCAAGAAAUAUGGUCCCAUCAUGCACAUGCAACUCGGCCAGAUCUCUACCAUUGUCAUCUCGUCUCCUCUGUUAGCCAAAGAAGUCUUCAAAACCAACGAUCUCGCCCUCGCCAGCCGCCCCUACACUCUCCUCGCCGAUAUUGUGUUGUAUGGAAGCUCCGACGUUGCUCUUGGCCCUUACGGCGAUUACUGGCGACAAAUGAAGAAGAUGAUCACUGUGGAACUUUUAAGUGCCAAAAAAGUCCGGUCGUUCAGUGGUUUCCGUGAGCAAGAGGUCGACCAUUUCAUCGAGUUCCUCCGUUCGAGCUGUGAAAAACCAAUAGUCAUACGUGAGAAGGUAACGGAAAUGAUCAACAACAUUGUGUGCAAAUCGUCGUUUGGGGAUAACUGCAAACAACAAGAUGUAUUGAUCGAAUUGGUGGAUGAUUUGGGGAGAUUGGUGAGUGGGUUUUAUGUUGCAGAUCUGUUUCCUGAGUUUGGGUUCCUUUCGGUCAUUUCUGGGAUGAAAUCUAAGUUGACGAAGAUUCACAAAAGCCUUGAUAAGAUUUUUGAUGAUAUUUUUGAGGAACGGAAAACCAAAAGACAAAGAAACGGUGCCUCGGAAGACGAUCUGCUUGAUGUUCUUUUCACCAUCAAAGAGAGUGGUGGCCUUCAGUUCCCAAUCACAGACGACAACAUCAAGGCUGUCUUUGUGAAUAUGUUUACUGGAGGCACAGAUACGAGUGCUAUGACAAUUGAAUGGGCAAUGACAGAAAUGAUGAAAAACCCUGAUGUGAUGGAUAAGGCACAAAGAGAAGUGAGAGAAGCAUUCAAGGGAAAGAAGAAAAUCACUGAGAGUGACUUACAAGAUUUGGUUUACCUUAAAUUUGUUGUCAAAGAAACUUUAAGGCUUCACCCUCCUCUCCCUCUACUACUCCCAAGGGAAUGUAGAGAACAAUGUCAGAUUGCUGGUUAUGAUAUACCAGUGAAAAUGAAAGUGAUUGUCAAUGCUUUUGCAUGUGCAGUUGACCCUGAAUAUUGGGAUGAUGCAGAAAGUUUCAAACCAGAAAGAUUUGAAAAGUCCACUACUGAUUUCAUGGGUACAAACUUUGAGUUUGUUCCAUUUGGAUCAGGGAGGAGAAUGUGUCCUGGGAUUAAUUUUGGUGUAACUUCUAUUCAGUCUGCUCUCGCUCAAAUGUUAUACCACUUCAAUUGGAAACUACCUUUUGAAUUAAGCCCUAAUGAUGUUGACAUAACAGAGAAUGAUGGAGCUACCGCAGUAAAGAAAGUUCCAUUGAUGCUAACACCUACUCUCCAAAUCAUAUGUAUUGAAUUCUAUACUAUCGUCAACAUCAAUAGAGAUAAGUCACAACUAGAAACAUGGAUUUUAGCGACAGAUGAAUCCGUCGCUAUUCCGUCACUAAGGUCUUUUGCGACGGAUCUGUGA